ACAUUUUAUAUUAUAACCACCAACCAAGCAAGUCGUCGGUAGUGUUUGAAUAUUUUUUUAUAACAAAAUAAAUUUCUUUGGCGUACAAAAAGAUUUUGUAUACAAAGAGAAAGAAAAAAACAGCAAACGAUUAAUACAAAACAAUAAUGAAAUAAAAUAAUUUCUCUCUGGAAAAAAUAAAGUGAAUUAACAAAACGAAAUUAAACCGGAAAUACAUUUUAAAGUAAAAGAACGCAAAUACAAGAAAACAAUAAUUUUGGCUAACGGCAAAUACGCAAUUUAUCGUUGAUUCGUGUGAAUUUUUUUCCUGUUGAAUUUUUGGAAAAACAAAAAGUAACAAAUCCUAGAGUAAAUAAAAGACUCAAAUACAGUUGUGCGAAAUAAAGUUUUGUUUAGAUUUAAAUUUUUUUUGGAACUCGCAGAAAGUUUUUUUUGGUUUUUCUACCGAAACCUACUCCAAAAACAUGACUUCAACACCACCAAAAAUGACUGAAGAUUUGCUGGGCGAAUCUUGGAUUGAAUUGAGUACGGCAGCCACAAUGGCCGGUGUCAAAAGUCCAGACAGAAUAACACCCUUGCCCUUUGCCAAUGGCGAAGAAUAUUUACGUUUGUUGCGUGAGGCCCAACGUGAAUCGAAUCAAUCGAGUCGGGUUGUUUCGUUGGCCAGCUCACGGCGUGAUACACCCAGAGACAGUCCAAAAUCUCCACCAAACAGUCCAAAUACAGAAUUGUGUCCCGAUGAGGAACUGAAAAAUGUAUAUAUUAAUUAUUGGAAUAAGACUGCUGAUGCAAAAGACAAUAGCGAUUGGUUGGAUGAAUGGAAUAGCCGACCAGAUCAACAGCCACCAAAAGAUUGGAAAUUCGAACAUCCCCAGAAUCAACAGAAAAAGAAAACAGCUGGCUAUUCUAUACGUCUGACCCGUUUGGGCAAGAAUUCCUUGUUUUCACGUGAGAUUUUGUAUUCCCUAAUAUUAUCGAAUGUACUGUCGCUACUUCUAGGAGCUGGUUUGGGGUUAUGGCUUAGCAAACGUGGCAUUUUGUUUACCCGAGUGGUAAUCGACUGAAGUGUUUUUCGUUUUCGUUUUAUUUUCAUUUUGUAUCACCUCUAGAAAAAACGACUCUCGUUUCUUAUUUCUUUUUCUUCUAAAACAAAAACGAUCUUCUAUACAUAUAUGUAUGUAUAUAUAACAAAAACUACAUAUACAUAUAUAUAACAUAACAAUUUACAUAUGUAAACUUAGUGUGUAAGGUGUGAUUUAUAUAAUAUAUAAUUUAUGAGAUUGAAGGUUCAAAGGGCAAGGAGGUGGGAUGGGUGUUGCAAGAACAAUGUAUAUCCCCCAGCCUCUUUGGCCUUGGAUUUCAAUCUUUGCUGUUUUUCUAUUUACUGCUUUUUCCACAUUCGUUAAAUUAUUUUUUUAAAAGAAGAAGUCAUUUGUAUAGUUUUUCUUUUCACAAAAAAGAAAACACAAAUUGAAAUUCUUAAAAAUCGAUGUAAAAUUAAAUAUAUUUCAAAAAAAAACAAAGGAAGAUAACUUUAUAUGGGCUCAGGUUAUAAUGAAUUUAUUGAAAAAAAUAUAUAUGGAAAUUUGAAAAAAAAAAUCAUUUUAUUUUAGUUAAAAUUCAAUAGAAUAUUAGCUUAAAUUUGCUUUAAAAAGUCCAUUAUUUAUUUGCCGUAAAAAUUUGAUUUUCUUGGGCGCGAAAGAGUUACGCCUUAAAUAUAAUUUAAAAGAGCUUACGAACAGCUAUGGAAGCCACUCUAAUUUUCGAUAGUUUAAAGAAAGUUUGGUAUCAAUUGGUUUCCCCCUUUUGCCAGAUUUCUUUCAAGAAUCGUAAAGCUAUGUUGGAUUAGCAUUUUAUUUAAAUGCUGUAUUUAUUCCUUUUUUUUUUUUGUUAAAAUCAAAGUAAAUACAAAAAAGAGACAUGUUAUAAAUUAACACAACAACACAAAAACAAUCAAACCAACAACAAGAUAACGUACAUUUUUUUAUUAUCAUUACUCUUAAAUGAAAACGAGUUUUUUUUAUUAUUAUUAUUAUUAAUAUAAUAUACAUUUGCAUAAUAUACAAUACCCAUUUUUAUAUAUAUAUUAUACGUCAAGAUAAAGAAAAAAUGAGAAAAAAAACAAAAAUUUUUUAAACUAGACUUCUUUUUUUUUAUUAAAUAUAAUAAUUUAAAAAAAAAAAAAACAUCUAUUUAAAUAUAAAAAUAUCGAAAACGGUAUGUGAAUUACAAAAAAGAAAAACAAACCAUGCGUCAAAAAUUAGAUACCCUCUUGAAUACAAGAAAAAUCACAAUAAAAAAAAUCCAAAAAAAAAUAUAUAGAGUGUUUUAUUUGCUUAAAGAAAACCAGUAAAGAAAGGCGAAAAAUCUGACUUGGCCCCAUGGUAGAAAAAUAUAGGUAGAUGCAUCAACGCUUGGAAACAUUGAUAUGUCAAAAUUUUUGAAAUGUAUUUUAAAAAAAUAAGCUAAUUUUUGAGGCGGCAAAUUUGAAUAAAUUUUGCUACGGGUAGUCGCAAAAUAAAUAUACAUUUGUAUAGAGAAUUUAUUUAAAGCAGAUGUUUAUGUUAUAUUAAGGCUUUACUGCAUUUAUAAUUUGAAACCGUAAUGAACUUGAUAUAUGCUAUAUGCCAUUCUAAAUCGAUUUCCAUUCAAUUUGAAGAGGGCAUUUUAAUAAUAAAUCAAUUUUUGCGUUCUGUUUUGGAUUUUUUUUUUUGUAAAAAAAUUAAAUUCAUAUUCACACUGACAAUAGCCGCCGCUAAAAGUAACUAGUUCCAUGGUUCAUUUAUUGAAUUUUCAAGCUGAUUGCGAUUUCAGUUUGACGGAGGCAUUUGUGUCGACUUCGACUUUGAGAACGCUUUCAAUAAACCCUAUAUAAUCGAUUUCCAUUUAAUUUUUUAUAAUAAAUUAAUUAUUGCAUU